AUGAUUGCGUGGGUGGAAAUUCUUAUUAUAGUUGGCAUCAAUACGAGUUGUGGGUUCAUGUGGAAUACCUUUGCCAGCGUGCCGACUACUUCAGCUAAUUGGAUGAAUGUUUCUUUGACUCGAAUCAACUGGCUUUCGAAUGCUGCGGCUAUUAUAAAUACAAUCUUCUCGUUCUUCGCUGCUUGGUCGUAUGAAAGGUUGGGUCUGAAGAUAUCAAUUUUACUGGGUGCUGUGCUCAAUACGAUAGGCUGUUGGGUUCGAUGUAUAGCUAUCAUAUUACCAGCAGAAAGAAGAUACUUGGCACUAUAUGGUUUGCCCCCAAAGAUCGUGGAGUUGCUAAUACCUUAUUAUUUGAUCGUGAUUGCCAGUAUGUCAACUGUCUUCACUAUACCAGCUUUUUUUAUGCCCAAUAAGCCGAAGAUUCCUCCAUCAGUAAGUGCCACUGUGGAGAGGACACCGAUUUUAGAAGGCAUAAAGCAACUUUCAAAAAACAUACAAUUUUGGUGGGUCACUUUUAUUGCAUCCAUCUCUAUGGGUUUGGCAUUUUCAGUAUCAGUCCUUAUCAUAGAAGCGAUCGCACCGUUCGGCUACAGUGAACAGCAAGCUGGAAUAUGCGCUUCAUUGAUAGUGUUUUCCGGGUCUAUUGGUGGAAUUAGGUCAGACGCUUUCUCUAUUGUAAUAGUUGCUUGUAUUUUGAACGGGUUUUUAUCUUAUUCUAUGGUCCCGGUGUACUUAGAACUUGCAACGGAGAUUACGUAUCCGGUGUCUGAAUCAGUUAGUUCUUGUAUUCUUUGGACACUUUCUUCAAUCACUAUGGUUAUCUUCUCUAUAAUUAUUGACGCUUUAAGGGCGGGUGGUGAUGCUUCUCCGCCUCACAAUAUGAGCAUGUCUAUGAUUGCUGUAGUUAUUAUUAUUAUCAUUGGGAAUUUGCCAUGUUUAUGGCUGAAAGGUGAACUCAAACGAGCGCAAGUAGAUAACAACUUUAACAAUAGCAAUAAACCGUGCUGA